UUCCUGCAAACACAAUCCGGUCGCAGUUCUGGUCCAGAGUCCAUUCGCGAUGCACGUUCUUGGCGCACUCCUGGCACUGUUCCUAUUAGUGCUUACACUGUACGAGAUUUAUCUCCGGUCGCUAGCGAGCUUCAAAGCGGCCACCCACUUUCCCGGCCAUACCGUGUAUCCGAUCAUUCAGAAUCUCUUCACGGCACUGUUCAAGAAUCAAACCGGUUCAUUUGCACAGGCACGAAGAUGGGCUCACGAGUUCAACGGACGAACGUAUCGCCUAUUGAUACGGGGGGUUCUGUUUGUGCAAGCGAUCCACCACAGAGACGUCGAGAUGCUGCUUUCCAGUUCCCGAUUAAUCACCAAGAGUCCGAUCUAUAAGCUGACCUACCCGUUCAUUGGGAAUGGUUUGCUGAACAGCACCGGAGAAAAGUGGCACCAGAGAAGGAAGAUUUUGACGCCUACUUUUCACUUCAACAUUCUGCAAAGCUUCCUGCAAACGUUCCAUGACGAGUGUAGGAAGUUAGUAACGCAACUGGAUGAAGAUGCCGGGAAGGGGCUCACCACAGCUCUACAGCCCUUGUCUACCAAGGUCACACUGAAUACCAUUUGCGAAACGGCAAUGGGUUUUAAGUUGGACACGAUGGCACUGGCCGAGCUGUACAAGAAUAACAUCCGUGAAGUCGGUAGAAUCGUUCAGCAACGCUUGAUGAACCCCCUGCUGUUCGAAGACUGGAUCUACAAGGCGUUCGGAUACCGGGCUCAUCUGGAUAAAAUCCUCGAACCGGUCCAUGCCUUUACCAACAGUAUCAUCCGACAGCGAAGGGAUAUCUUCCACGCGACGGUCCCGAACGUAGACUCCCUAUCCGAAGAGAAUAUCUACACCAACAUCAAGCAGCGCUACGCCAUGCUGGACAGUCUUUUGCUGGCGGAAGCCAAGCAGCAAAUCGACGCCGAAGGCAUCCGGGAAGAAGUCGACACGUUCACCUUCGAAGGUCACGACACUACCGGGAGUGCGUUCGUAUUCACCUUCCUGCUGAUCGCUCACCACCAGGAUGUUCAGCAGCGUCUUUUCGAUGAACUCCAAUCCAUCAUCGACAGCAAUCGAUCGAACCCCGACGAUCCUUUAACCCUGCAGGAUUACAACAACUUCAAGUACAUGGAACGUGUUAUCAAGGAAUCGCUACGGAUCUACCCACCGGUUCCAUUCAUAUCCCGGCUGGUGACCGAGGACGUCCGGUACGAUGGCAAAUUCAUUCCGAAGGGAUCGUUUAUGAAUGUGGAAAUCUACGAUCUGCAUCGGGAUCCGGAGCAGUUUCCCGAUCCGGAACGGUUCGAUCCGGAUCGCUUUUUGCCGGAGCAGAUCGAACGGAGGAGCCCCUACGCGUACGUACCGUUCAGUGCGGGGCCGAGGAAUUGCAUAGGUGAGUAG